CGGUUCCAGUGCGCGCGUAGGCGAAAAGAUGGACGACUCCGCCUUCCACGUCGCGGCCGGCGCGUUCGAGCACCUGUCUCCUCUCCGCUUCGUCUCCUUCACCUUCCCCAACCCACUCCCGAACCCCCGCAACCCCUACGGCCAUCCUCUUCGCGUCGCCGUCCUCGACUCGCCGUUCCCGGGCCCAUCCCGUCCUCGAGUCGCCGCCGUGCUCGUCCCCCUCGGCCGCGAGGACGACUGGAUCUUCUCCACUGUCUCCGGCCACCUCCAACUCCUCUCCUCCUCCUCCAACGACGACGACGACGACGACCCCUUCUCCCGCCUCGUCCUCGUCGGCGGCGUCCCUUCUCCCUCUUCCUCCUCCUCUCCCAAACCCUACAUCCGCCCCUUAUUCGGAUCGGAUCCGGACGCGACUCUGCUGCAGCAAAGCCUCCUCCCGCUCCUCCUUGCUCUCUGCCCUAAAUCCGCCUUCACUCGGGAGGAGAUCCCGCACGUCCCCUUCCUCUCCUUCGACGACGGCGUGCUCCGCAUCGCCCCCGUGGAGACCCUCGUCGGCCCCGUCGUCGGGGAGAUGCUGGUGGAGGACGUAGCCGUCGACCGGUCCCCGGAGCCGCCGGAGUUACGGCGGAGGCUUCGGUUCAAGCGGAUGCCCAAUCUGGUGCAAACUCAGGUUCGGCUCGUUCCCGAUCCUGCUACUUCCACUCCUCUGUCUUCGCCGUCAGAAUUUGGCCCUUGUCGGCCAGAGGCGGAAUCUUUGGUGCAGCCUUACCUCGGGCCGAUGGUCGCCGGCUUUUCGCUCAUAGCUUCGGCUAUCGAGGAGCGAGCCAGCACCGGUUUGAGACCAAGGGCUCUCUGUAUUGGAGUCGGCGGUGGUGCUCUUCUCAUGUCCUUGAGAACACAAUUCGGAUUCGACGUCGUUGGAGUGGAAGCGGAUGAGAUUGUUGUUAGUGUUGCGAGGCAGCAUUUUGGUUUAGUGGAAGAUGAGUCGCUUCAGGUCCUUGUUGGUGAUGGAAUUCAAAUGGUCAAUAGCUCCAGAAAGGGGAAACAAGAGGGCCCAUUGGGAGGUCCUUCAUGUUUUGACGCUAUCAUCGUGGAUUUGGACUCUCAAGAUGCUAUGAAUGGCGUCAGUGCACCGCCGAUGGAGAUUCUUGAAAGGUGCUUUCUUCUUGCUGCAAAGUCUGUUCUCAAUGCGAAGGGAGUUCUCAUAGUUAAUGUCAUUCCUUCGAAUGGGUCUUUCUAUAAAGAGCUGACUGAAUCUUUUCGUGAGGUUUUCUCUGAAUUAUACGAAUUAGAUGUUGGGAAUGGUGAGAAUUUUGUUAUCUUUGCAAUGGUCUCACCAGUUGGAACAGCUACUACAGAAUCUACAGGUACGGUCUAUGAGAAGUUGAGUGAAGUUCUCGGGAGAAGAUUGCUUGAUGGUAUUAGGAAAAUCUGAAAGCAAAUUAAUUCCUUGAGAGUUCGGUUAUUCUUGUACCUCGUUUACAUCUUCAUUCAAUUUUCGUGUAGUAUAGGGAAGCCAUAUGCUAUUAUGACAUUUAUAAAGGAACAUAACAUUGAUGCACACUUGCCUCGCAAAUUGCUCUUGGUCAUAGUUUUGAUUCAUCAGUCAUCUUUUAGUUGUUGUGCUCAAGUGCUGGAAGUUUAUUAUUGUCUCUGCGUCGAUGGGUCUUCAGCUACCUAUAAUUCCUUGUGAAUGCUCCAGUACCUUUUAUACACUGGAGCCAUUGUUUUCUAUUCAUUUUACACUAGAUUUAGUAAUAUGUUGCCAGAUCCCAGCUUUUGUUUGGGCCAACUACACUCCACAACCUGAAUUUGCCGAAGGAUCAGAUGCUUCUCGGGUGGUAUGUACUGGAUCCUCCAGCUGAUUGCUUAGGUGUAUUUUCUAGCGUUGAGAAUCAAUGGCUUCUGUUGUCCUAGGUGUUCCUUUGUGCAAUUAUCUUAUUUAACUACAUGAUGCUUCAAACUGUUUUGCGGAGCUCAGCGGAUAGUAAGUGGUUUUUGAUCAUUUGACUAUUUGACUUUUGUUCUAUCUAUCUUAAAAUAUUACACGGCUACUUGUACAGUUUAGUGAUGGAUCUAGUUGUUUGUCAGUGAAAUAAGGUCACUGAAACUCUUGUAACUCUCACUGGACCAACUUUCUGUUCAUUGUGAACAAAAUCUUAAUCUGACAUUGUGUGAGAAACACUUAACGGCUAAAAUUUGUAUCCAAGUGUGUUUUGUGAGGCAACUCAUCCUUACCUAGUAAAAUUGGUUGUGAAUAAUUUACUUGAUGCUACACACUCAUUUCAUUGAAGAGUUUUUUUUAAUGUCAUGUUAUUUACUCUGGCCAUCAAACAAAUGGUCUGAUAAGCUUUUCGGAAUGAUGUUACUAUUGGGGUCUUGGUUUGUCAGACUCGCAACCAUAUGGGUUGAAAGCGACCAAUUACGUUUUUGCAGGUGCCCUUUCAAUUUGUAGUGCCUCUUGGGGGGGUGAAUUGCCUUGGACUGGAGUUCAUUUAAAUUUCAGACCGUGUUUCGCCAGUUUUUCAUGUGGUUAUAAUUUGCCUCUGCGGAAUUUGAGUUCCAACAUUCAAUUGGAGCUGUUUAUUGCAGGUGCUCAGAAUGCUUUCUUGCGUUGCAUGUGUUGGACGUGGCCAAGUCAUCGGGUUGGCAUUUUUGUUUGUUUGUUUGUUUGUUUGUUUUAUUUCCCCUCUCAACGAUGUAAAUUGGGCUGUUUUGUAAGUUUGUUCGUUCGGGAACUGAGGUCCGGAGGGUGUAUCAUCAAGAGGAUAAGAACAUCUUUGGAGGCCGAAACCAUGGGGUGCUUGUGGGGUCUUCUUUGUUUUUCCUAUUUUUGAUUUUUGCUCGUGGGGUCAAAGUUCAUUUCAA